CUGAAGCAAAGAUUUUUUCCAUUGCUAUUGAAGUAUUUGCAAUUUGAUGUGUUUGACUACAAUUAUCUGGAUACACUCAGCAAGUUAUGGAAGCUUGUGGAAUUUUAAUUGAUCUGAGUGAACCCAUAGAAAACAGCCCACCUAAGCCAAUCCAGAGUAAAAGUCCCUCCCAACUAGAAACUAAGAACAAGAGUCCUGAAUCGGAAACUGUGAGAAAGUCAGGAGGCAGUCACAACUCAUUAGUUGACUCUAUAGAAAUAGAGAGAAGUGCAGACAGAAGAGGCAGCUAUACCAUUGAUAGAGGCAAUCUACUACAGGAUCUGGACGACAUCACAUCUGAGAUAGACUGUAGCAGUGAUAAAGUAAAACAUGUUACACCAGAAUUUCAGCUGCUAGAGAAUGAACAGUUUGACUUUGACCUUCCCUACUCUCCAGGAGUAAGGAGCAUAACUUCACCAGGACCAGAAGAAGAGGAUGACGAAGAAGUAUUCUUGGGACCCGUGGGAUUCACAGAAAAAUGUGUGGCCACAGUUGUAUCUGAAAUAGCACCCCUUGAGGAGCCCCUGAAACCCUUCAGUCCCCUCAAACCUCACCAGAUAGCAGAAAUCUACAAGGAGGCGCAGAUGGUGGUUUACAGAAUUAACAAGGAAAAGCCAGAUGAGGAAGAAAGGGGAGGUAAAUCUAAGUUAGGAGUCCCAAAUGGGGAUGCACAUACCCCAUUGAGACACCAGAGGAAAGACACGUUUACAGAAAGCCCCGAGGCAAUUUUUCGACUUCCAGAGAAUGUUGUUAAGGCCAUGCCUGUGAUUGACUUGGAAAUCGAGGAUCCUUUCCAAAAGAAAAUUGGGGAGGACAAGGAGAAUUUGAAAGUGGAGGAUGUUAAUAGAUUGGCCCCUCCUAAGAACAACAAACUCUCUGAGUCAAAGCUGUCUUGCUCAAAUAAUGCAAAGAAGACUGGAAGUUCCAAAAAUUAUGAUGGGCCUGCCAGUGAUACAGACGACACAUGUAGUGUCACAUCAGACACAAGCGAGAAUUCUGUUUCCAGGCUUCCUGUCAACAAAUGUAGCUUACCAAAAACAAAGACUUCCACAAAACAAUCCAAUUUGAAGAGACCUUCUAUGUUAAAACCUCCUGGUGCUGCCAGUAAAUCAAACGAAAACCUGUCAACAAGCAUCAACUCCACCACAAAAACAGCCACUGCUUCAUUGGAAAAGUCAAAGAUUGUCCCUCCAUCUAAAUCACGCAGGAGUUUGAAUCCCAGCAGCAGAAAGUCUUUAGGGUUAAACACUUCAGGGAUUCCAAACAAUACAACAUCAUCUAGUAUUUCAAACAUGAAAGAGAACAGUAAGGAUGUGGAUGGGCCAGUCAAAAAGGGGCCGACAACCAGGUUAUCCUUGAUGAAACCUGGAGGCAUCCAGAAGCCAGCAUUAAAAUCACAGAUUACAGAGACUAAGAGUAAAACAGGUCCACUUAAGGCUCUUCCAAACACUUCAAAUAUUCCAGACAAAGUGGAAGAAAAGGUCAAGCCAGCCUUGUCCAAGCAGAUGUUGUUAGACCCAUCAGUGUGUACACCAGUGAAGCCGGAGAAGAGAGUCCAACCUAAACUUCUGUCCAGCAACUUCACCACACCAAUCAGAUCAAAUUCUGUUAGUUCUAGUACGCCUGCCUCUGUCCGUCGAAAAUCUUUUUUGCCAACACCUCAAAAAGUGCGUAGUGAGUCAACCAGUGCUCUACCUCAACCAAGUCCUUUGGUCAAGUCCAGCAGUACCUCCUCCCAAAAAAUGAGCUUAUCCGAGUCCCCCCUGGUCAGCCGUAGCCUGAGAAGCACAGAACAAAAAUCAAGACGAGAAAUUCCAAAAAGUAGGCACUCCAUUGCGGGGAAAACCAGUCCUCUAAAGACAAUUCCAAAGAAAAUGGCUGCCAAGGGCAUUUAUCAAGGUCGGAGGAGCUUUGCCCAAUACAAGACCACACAGUAAUAACAACUGGAACUUGUGCAUAUAUAUGGUUCCAAACUUAGAUAGAAAUAAUUAUCAAGUGUAAUUAAGGAUCAUAUAAACAUGAACUUUUUAUUUGUUUAUAGAAAUAAUUAAUAUAUUGUUGAUAAUUACACAUUUUUACCAAAUAAAUAUAACUGGAGAAAUUUUUAAUUUUUGUAAAAACAAAAAUACAUUUUUUUUUUUUUUAUAUAUCAGGCAUUUACUGUUCUUUUUGUACAAAGUAAUUUUAUUUUAUGUUGCAUCAUCCUGAAUUCAUUUUGUUUGAUGAUUGCUUGAGAAUAGGAAGAGAAAUGCAAAGCACUGUGAACACAAGGAACCCUUUAUGUCUGUCCUUUCCACCGUACUUUUUGAAUUUACAACUACAAAAAAAUUCUUGGACCAAAAGUUGUCCCCCUUUAAAAAUGAGUACUUUCUACUAAGUUUCCCAAUGAUAUGUUAGUGUGCUGCUUAUUAAAGUGGAUUUAGGUAGAACAUAUUAUAAAUAUUAGAAAUUGCCAUGUUUUGUGAAAUUUUUAUGUAAAACAUUUGAUUGAAAAUACUCUUCAAUGAAUUGUUUGCUUUACUAGUAAUUUGUAGAAAAGCAAUUUUGAUUGAAAUUCUGCAUUGUUUAUUUUGACCUGUAAUAUCAAAUGAAAAUUGUGCUUUAAUUUGAGUGUAGUAGUCAGUGCUAAUUACUUUUUUGUGGUGCUUAAAUAGUUACAUGUAAUUACAGUUUAACCAGAAAUAUCAAUACUAUGAAAU